CUAAUGGUUGCAGUACUCUAAUCCAAAUCUAGAUCUAGAUUCUAGAUUGAAUGUGAAAUUGAAUGUGAAAGUCUAAGCUUCCUUAAAAAAACGUCAGUAUCUGCAACUAAAUUCUGGGAGCAUGGCAUCAGUUUAUAGUCAAGGUAUUUUGGGUGUGAAGUCACCUGAAAAUUGUGGCUGUCAGGAGCUUUUAUCAAAAAUCACUCUUGUGCAUUAUGGCUGGCUUCGUAAAAAGUCCUUAAGAAAUAAAAUACAACUAAAUAUUUUUAAUUGGCCACAACUCUAUGUUGUUCUUGGAGAGAGGUGUCUGUACUAUUUCAGUAAUGAAAUGUCUAAAAAACCAAAAGGAGCUAUAUCUCUUUAUGGCUACAAUAGAAUUCUAAGAGCAUUGGAUAUAAAGUCACAAGAAGCUCCCUGGGCUUUUAAAGUAGAGCAUAUUCAGCCAGAUGUAAAAUCAAUAUAUUUUUCUGCCUCUUCUGAAAGGGAAAUGGUUACAUGGAUGAAAGCAAUCAAAGGUGAAAUGCUACUUGCUAACAAUAUUAGCUCAAGUAAUUACUCAUCUAAUCAACAAAGAGAUGUCAAAAGACCAUCUUCAGAUAAUGUGUCCUUAGCAUCAGAUAGUUCAUGGGGCUCUGCAGAUUACACAGACUUGGAAUCAGCAGUAUAUUCAAUGGCAAAAGAUGAAAGACGCUCUCUUUACUGGGACAGUGGUUCUUCAAAUGAUCAAAGCAAUCAAGGCUUUAAAAGAAAUGUGGUCUCAGAAUCUUACAGUACAGUUUCAGAGAAUAAAGCUGUGCCUGCCUUGCCAGUGAGAUCUCCUAUUAAAAAAGAUGAUGCUGUGUACAGCCUACAGAAAUUGCCACCAGAUUCAAAUUAUACAGAUUCUAAAGCUGAACGUUAUUGGCCAUCAGUUCAUUUUGAUGGUAGCAGAUCAAGUGCUGCUCAAAUUAUAGGUGACAUCGCAGAAAAUGGUGUGUACUUAGUAAGAAAAAGUGACGACAACUCACCUGUUGUGGUGGUUUAUGCUGAUGGUGAUUUAAAAAAGUUCAAGAUUGUAAACAAGAAUAAUGGAAAAUUAUCCAUCUCACCUAAUGAUGGCCCUGACUUUGAUGAUUUGGAGGAUCUUCUCUACUAUUAUUAUUUUAACGAUCUUCCAGGAAAAGCUGGAAAGCUUGUUACUCCAUUCAGUUUGCAUCCCACUUACAAUGUACAUAAAUAAUUAAUACUAUGAUAAUCUUUUCAUUUUUUAUAAGAUGUAUUUUCCAUUUUAUCACUUGGUGCUGAACUGUUGAAUUUAUUAAUUAGACUAGAAUAUAUUUUUGUAUUUCUGUUGCAGUUUUUUAUGCUAGUAAGCUUUUGUUUUAUACUAUGUCAUUUGGAUAUCUCAAUUGGGGCAGUGAUAUUUGAAGAACCCACCCCAAAAAGUUGGUGCUGUGUUACUAAUGCUGUUGAUGGCUGUCUGCUUGAAGUAAAAAUUUGAAAAAACCUUUCAUACUUUAUAAAAUUAUAUUAUUAAACAUACAAUAUAUUUUUUCAUUAUUCAAACAACUUCUGCAGACAUAAAUGAACAUGUAAAUAUAUUAAAUUAAGCUUAUACAUGCAAGUUACAUUUUAAGAUAUAUUUUUUUAAAUUAUAUUGUAAAAUAUAUGUGUACAGUUUAGUCAUUUCUUUAGUUUUGUAAAUCAAA